CACUACGUGGUACUCAUUUAAGACGUCAAUCGGUUUGUGCGGAAUUUUACGCCAAGACUCACGAUAACAGUUGGCGUCGUCGAUUUGAGCGAUCUUUGCUUCGUUCCGAUCUCAUAACAGUUCCUCGUAAAACUUAACUCCAGGUCGUCGACUCCGUCCCGUCACUUCUAUCCGGCCAAGGGAAAAACAACACCGAGCAAGCGUCGACCGAAGAGAUGAACAGCUGAUCUGGAUUGAUGACGUUAUGGGAGAGAAUCAGCUGUUUCGUGACACGUGCGUAUCAGCCGAAUUCAACUUGUCAACGUGUUUCGUAAAAAAUUUCGUACGUUGGAUCUUGUUGUGAAAUCUGCGAGAAGACUAAAUAGAAUCUAAUAUUUUGAAGAAAAGAAUAGAAUAAUAUAAAAAAAUAUUCGUGUACGGGCAAAGAAUGGCAGGAAUUAUUAACACAUCGAUUUCAAGUUCGCGAUCGCAUUUAAAAGGACUUGCACGUUUAUUCUCAUCCAAAAGCGUGGAUGAGACGGGCGAGAGUCCGAGAUUACGUGAAUUCCGAAAAAAAUUGCGCGAACAAACCCCUAUAGAGAAAUUAGAGGAGUUAGAAGAAGGAAAACACCCUUAUCAGGAGAAAGAACCCUUGAAACCGUUCCCGAACAAUACGAAUCCGGAAACAGGCGAAAUCGGAGGUCCUCGAGGACCAGAACCAACUCGUUAUGGCGAUUGGGAGAGAAAAGGUCGUGUGACAGACUUCUGAUAACCCUCUGUCAUCUUAGGAGUUUAUUAAUAAUUAGACACUACCUCGAUAAAUUAAAUGUCUUUGUUAUUAAAUUAAACACGAUAUUAAAUUAAA